AGAUUGACAGAACGAUAUGGCAGAGUUUCCAAACCUUGGUGAACACUGUAGUUUAGAUGGUUGUAAGCAAAUUGCACUGUGAAGUGAUUGAUUGAUGCUGUGAGCAAACUAGUUAAUACAACCUUACCAUGAGGAGGAGCCACAGUAACCUCCAUGAUAUUGUGGAUAAUUUAAGAUUCGGAUCUGAGAAGUACUUCCAAACAUUUAUAGAAAAGAAAGGAGAUCUUAAUCUGAGCGACGGAUUUGGAAGAACACUGUUAAUGUGGAGUGUGUUGGAUGGGAAAAUCGACCGUGUAAAGGCCUUGAUCGAUGCAGGAUGUAUGAUGAAUUUGGGCGAUAAAAACAAAAAUACGGCAUUAAUGCAUGCCAUACAGUCGUCCAAUGUGGACAUUGCCCAGAUACUGGUGUUGCACGGUGCUGGAGUAAAUCAUUGCAACGAAGCAAACUCCACUUCAUUGAUGACAUCGGUGGAGCAGGAAAACUUGGAGCUGGUCCAACUUCUCCUGUUGCACGGAGCAGACAGCAAUCAUGUUUGUGGUCAUAGCCUUGAACAUAAGUUUCCAGACGACCAUUCAUGCACAGAGUUUAAAUCUGACACCCAUCAUGUAGAAUACACAGGCACUAGGGCCUAUUCCUGCAGUUUUACAGAGUGCAAAGCCAGAGAGCUCAUGCCAGUAGUGUGUGAAAAAUGUUCCAAAAAUUUCUGCUUGGGACACCGGCAUCAAAAGGAUCACAACUGUGAGAAGUUAGUGGAAAAAAUUACUCCAACCAAAACAGCAGAACAUGUGCAACAGAUUCUAGCCUCCAAGAAAUUAAAUAUAAAUCCAAAGAAACCAAGAGGAAAGAAAUCCAGUAAGACUGCAGCCAAGGUGGCUCUAAUGAAGAUGAAGCUUCAUGCAGUUGGUGAUGCAAAGAUCCCAGACUUUGACAGAGUGUAUCUCCAGGUGGUGCUACCAGGUGGUUCUGUCUCCAAAGGCACCACUAAACAACUCUUCUUUUCUAAGACCUGGUCUGUUGGCAGAGCAAUAGAUGUGGCAGCAGAGAGAGGAAGCAUUAGCAAUGCUAACAACACAGGCAGCUCACAGAAACUACGUCUGUUUUCUAUGGAUGAUGGAUCCAUUUUACCCAUCGAUCAAACAAUUGAUUCUCUUUUACAAAAUGAGGCUUUAUUUAAUGGUGGAACAGUGAUUUUGGAAAGAGUGACAGAAGAUGUGAAUGUUAUAGAUUUCGAAUUAUACCAAUAAAUAUAUCCAUGUUGAAAUAGA